CAAGGAUAUCUGAAAACUCAAAACUGAAUUUUAUUCAUACAUACAAACAAAAAACCUUUUCAACCUGGCUAUUGAUUAAUUUAUUGACUUGUUGUUGUUGUUGUUGUUCAAAGUCCAUUAUUAAUUGUUUACCUGGAAUUUGAAAGAAAUAAUUGUUAUUAAUCAAAUAUGGUAUCCAUACUUUUACGACAAUUAUGUUCGAAUAGUAAAAAUACAUUGAAAUUAUCAUCAUCACAAUGGAUAUAUCGAUCAUUUUCAUCCGCAUCCGCAUCAUCAACAUCUUCAUCUUUAUCCGUUAAGAUCAAGAAUCGUAUCGAUGAAAAACGUCAACAAUCAUUAUUGGGUGGUGGACUAAAACGUAUUGAACAACAACAUAAAAAGGGCAAAUUAACGGCACGUGAACGAAUCGAUCUAUUAUUAGAUACAAAUACAUUUGUUGAAUUGGAUAUGUUUAUGGAACAUACUUGUACGGAUUUUGAUAUGGAUAAACAAAAGUAUACUGGCGAUAGUGUUAUAACUGGACAUGGUAAAAUUUUCGGUAAAGAAGUUUAUGUUUUUAGUCAGGAUUUUACCGUAUUUGGUGGAAGUCUUUCCAGUGUACAUGCAAAGAAAAUUUGUAAAAUUAUGGAUGCUGCAUUAUCGGUUGGUGUACCGGUUAUCGGACUAAAUGAUUCGGGUGGUGCACGUAUCCAAGAAGGUGUUGAAUCAUUGGCCGGUUAUGCCGAUAUAUUUUAUCGUAAUGUACAUUCAUCAGGUGUUAUACCACAGAUAUCGGUUAUUAUGGGACCUUGUGCUGGUGGUGCUGUUUAUUCGCCAGCAAUGACCGAUUUUAUAUUUAUGGUUAAAGAUACAUCAUACUUAUUUAUUACCGGUCCAGAUGUAGUGAAAUCUGUUACCAAUGAAGAUGUUACACAAGAAGAACUUGGUGGUGCUGCAACACAUACAUCUGUAUCCGGUGUUGCACAUCGUGCCUUCCCGAAUGAUAUCGAUAUGUUAUUACAGCUACGAAAUUUCUAUAGCUUUUUACCACUUUCUAAUCAACACAAAUCACCUAUUCGUGAAUGUGAUGAUCCAUGGAAUCGUUUGGUAUAUAGUUUGGAUUCAAUUAUACCACCAGAAUCGACAACACCAUACAAUAUGACCGAUGUUAUCAUGGAGAUAAUCGAUGAACGUGAUUUUUUCGAAAUAAUGCCCGAUUUUGCUAAAAAUAUUGUCAUCGGUUUUGCACGAAUGAAUGGUGAAACUGUUGGUAUUGUUGGUAAUAAUCCUAAAUAUGUUGCCGGUUGUUUGGAUAUAAAUUCAUCGAUAAAAGGUGCACGUUUCGUACGAUUCUGUGAUGCAUUCAACAUUCCAUUGUUGACAUUUGUUGAUGUACCGGGUUUCCUACCGGGUACAUCACAAGAAUAUGGUGGUAUUAUACGACACGGUGCAAAACUAUUAUAUGCAUUUGCUGAAGCUACUGUACCGAAGAUUACAAUUAUCACACGUAAAGCAUAUGGUGGUGCAUAUGAUGUAAUGAGUUCGAAACAUCUAAAAGCUGAUGCUAAUUAUGCAUGGCCAACGGCUGAAGUUGCUGUGAUGGGCGCUAAAGGAGCCGUAUCAAUCCUGUAUCGUGGUAAAGAAAAUACUAAACAAUAUGAAGAUGAAUAUAUCGAAAAAUUUGGUAAUCCAUUCCCGGCUGCUACUCGUGGUUUUAUCGAUGAUAUUAUUGAACCGCAUACCACACGAAUGCGUAUCUGUCGCGAUCUGAAUUUAUUACGAAACAAAAAAUCAAUGUUACCACAAAGAAAACAUGGAAAUAUUCCGCUUUAAAAUUUAAAAAAAAAGUAUGCAACAGGUUUUGAGACUGGUUGAAAUAGCAGUCCACCACAUGAAAAGGUUCAAAUAGU